CUGAUCCAAAGAAUAUGAGAAUUUUUGAAUGAUCUAGAUUUAUAUAGAUUUACAGCUACAUGUUCAUCAUUGAGAAAGAUAAUGUUUUAUCCUCUCGGAUUUAAAUUAUUGUCCUUAAGUUGAAAUGCACAACUUAUUAUUGGAGGAACAAAAUAAUAAUAACAAUAAUAAAUAAUAAAGUAAGAAAAAUAGGAGAUUGGAUCGAGUGGACAUUUAUCCAUAAAUAGUAGUGUAUUUGAUUCAGAAGAAGAUGCAUUAGCUCAAUUAAAAGCUUUAAACUUUAGUGAAAGAAUUUUUAACUACUAAAUUGUAUUCAUCUUAAGUUCAGAUACAAAAUCUUGAGGAUUUGAUAGUUGAUUCUUCCGAUACUUUAAAAUAUGAAAAAUCAGUCAAUUUGAAAUUGCAAUCCAAAAUCAAUAUACUAUAAAACCAACUCUCCAUUUCUGAAUUAUAAAGACAAGAUGUAAAAGAAAAUUUAUCUAAAUUGAAUUCUAAAUCCAAUAAAAUAGUAAUUAUUAUCUCUAAUUUAGAUUAGCUCGAUAGAGUAGGAAAGAGCAUUACUCCAAGAUGAAAAAGAUAUAUUGCUGGGACAUAAGAAAGUGCUUAUAAGAAGUCUACAAAUUGAGAGGAAUGAUUUCUUAAAUGGAAGCCGAUCAAAAUAACUAUUAGGCAACCUUAAAAUAAGUUAGGGCGUUUAUGGACACCAUUGA